AUUAACAAUACUUUUAGAUUGAAUUUAAUUUAGUGAAUAUUAAAUUUAUUUUAUUUUUGAAUUCCUAUAUUUACUGUUACUGACAUGAUCUAAUAAUUUAGAAACGAUAUGCAGUAUAAAAGUGCUUUGGUUUUAAAUAAAUUCCAUGUAACAUUUUUAAUAAUUUUAUGUGUAAAAACUACUGUAUCAAAAGAAGAGCUAGAAGAUUGCAACACCUUAAUGAUGGGGCAAUAUCUUUGUCCGGAUCCAAAAAGAUCACAAAUAGAUCCAAGUACCCAACAAUUUAGAGGUUGCACUAAAGAAAAUAAGGCCAAAGUUUGGUGCAUAGCUGUUGAAGGAAUAGUUUGUGCGGAAACCAAAAAUAAUACAUUUACAAAGGAAUUGCCAUGCAAAUGGACUAAUGGAUAUCAUUUCGAUACUGCUCUAUUAUUGUCUGUGUUUCUUGGGAUGUUUGGAAUUGAUAGAUUUUAUUUAGGAUACCCUGCAAUAGGACUAAUGAAAUUUUGCACCUUGGGCUUUAUGUUUCUCGGUCAAUUGAUUGAUAUUAUAUUAAUAGCAACACAAAAAGUUGGUCCAUCUGAUGGUUCAGCAUAUAUAAUUCCAUAUUAUGGUGCUGGUAUCCGUGUUGUUCGAAGUAACAAUUGGACAUAUCGCUUACCACAAGAUGAUUGGGCCACAAAUUAAUAUAGAUUAAUGUAAUAUUUAAAUUUUACUUUGGUAUUUUUUAAGACUGUUCAAUAAAAUAAUUCUAGAUGUAAAUAAUAUUUGAUUAAAUUGGCUGUUAUUAUUUAUUGUA